GUAGUUCCGCCCAGAAUGAAUGACAUAAAAAUAGAGCCAAAGUGGAAACCUCAGUGUGCGGUGGAGGACAGUCAUAGCAUCGUUCUGACGGAAUCAUUUUACCGAGGAUUUGUGUGAGACCGAGCAAACUGCACUUUCUUCCUUAGAGUUUUUCACUGAGAAUGGAAGUGAGUUCUUCCACUGAGGAUGGGGUUGGACAGCUUCCUGAUGUUAUCAGUGAGACAGACACAGAGAUGGAUGAACUACAAGACGUUCAGCUGACCGAGAUCAAGCCCCUACUGACCAACAAGAAUUCUCGGAACUUCCAAGACUUUGAUUGUCAGAUGCCAACCAUUCUGGAUGUGGAACAGAGUACAUGCACUGGAGGUGCAGUGGAGCAUGACCUUGAGACUCCACAUGGUGUCUUGCAUGUGACCAUGAGGGGCAUUCCCAAAGGAAACCGCCCAGUGAUCCUGACCUACCACGACAUUGGACUCAACCAUAAAUCAUGCUUCAACACACUGUUUAACUUUGAGGACAUGCAAGAGAUCACACAGCACUUUGCGGUAGUGCACGUCGAUGCCCCUGGCCAGCAGGAGGCAGCGCCCCACUUCCCUGCUGGGUACCAGUAUCCCAGUAUGGAGGAGCUUGCGGAGAUGCUUCCCUCAGUGCUGACUCAGCUGAAGGUGUACAGCGUGAUUGGUAUUGGCGUUGGAGCGGGAGCAUACAUCUUAACCCGCUUUGCACUCAACCAUCCAUCCCUGGUGGAGGGCUUGGUUUUGAUUAAUGUUAACCCAUGUGCUGAGGGCUGGAUUGACUGGGCUGCUUCUAAGAUCUCUGGAUGGACCAGCACCCUGGUGGACAUUGUUAUGGCUCAUCACUUCAGCACUGAGGAGCUAACGGAGAACAAGGAGCUGAUCCAGACCUACCGGCUACACAUUGCUCAGGACAUCAGUCAGGAUAAUUUGUCCCUCUUCUGUGGAUCCUACAAUGCGCGCCGGGAUCUGGGAAUUGAGAGGCCUGUUGUUGGUCUUAAUGAAGAUACAAUGAACACAUUGCGAUGUCCUGCUCUGCUGGUGGUAGGAGACACUUCUCCUGCAGUAGAGGCUGUGGUUGAGUGCAACUCCAGGUUAAAUCCAACAAAAACUACACUUUUGAAGAUGGCAGACUGUGGUGGCUUGCCUCAGGUUGUUCAGCCUGGCAAACUAGCUGAAGCUUUUAAGUAUUUUGUCCAGGGAAUGGGAUACAUUCCCUAUGUUCUGCUCAGCCACUUGAGCAAUGAAUCAGUGCCAGCUGCUGGUAUGACCCGUCUUGCCCACUCCCGCACCACCUCCUCAUCCAGCAUCGCCUUCAUGGACAGUAACCACAUGCGCAAUUUCAACAGCCGUCUAGACAGCCCCAGCACAGGAGCUCUGGACAAUCAGGCUCAACCACAAACCAUGGAAGUGUCCUGCUAGGCAGAACCCUCUGUCUUGAGUCUCUGCUGUUUGUGUCCACCCCUAAUUAAUGUGUUUAUGUUAGUAUAAUGCUAAGGCAAAGGGAGGUGGUAAUGAAUUGUGAGAUACUGUAGGUGUGUAAACAUAUGUUUGUGUGUUAGUGAUGCAUCGAUCCAAUACUCAGGAUCAGAUCGGCACCGAUACUUCUUAAGUGAAUUGGAUAUGAGACAUACAUAUCCGAUACACAUUUGGUACCGUCUCUCAUAGCCACGGCUGCUCUUCACUCAAAGGGCAUAGUUCCAAAAUGUGACAAACAUCAAAAAAUAACCUUACAUGCAAACUUCUUUGUUUAGAAAAUUAAAUUAACAAGCGGGAAUUCUGCCAUGGUUGUUCCUCUAAGCUGUAGUGCAUCGUAAUAAAAUCCCUGUGCAUAACUUUUUCCGUAUAAUGCAUCAGCUUUGCGAGCAAAAACUAUUUCAUACCUUUGCAUUAUCAUCAAUUCCAUGCAGACUACAGUUAAAUUAAUGUGGUUAAAUAUUAAAUGAGUAAUAAGGGUGCCUUGCUGCUCGUCUUGUUAGGGUCAAGACAAAACAAGCAGCAUGACUAGAUAUGAACAGAGAGGUGUUUUAUGCUUGAUACAGCUGCCAGUAGUAGCACAGUAACUUGUUGCAUCUCUAGUAUGUGUGUGUGUGUGUGUAUAUAUAUAUAUAUAUAUAUAUAU